CUGCAGAUGUAUACAAAGCCGGCAGUAAUUGAUGUUAUCCUGGGAAACGUGCCUCCUCCCACCAGCCUUCAUCUUCGGGAAGAUCUUUUUUUUUUUCUUUUUAACUCGAAGCCUUCAGGUGAAAAUAAAGCAACAGCAGUAACGGAGGGGGGGAUGUAGCCUUCUUCAGGGUUAACAUCAGAAGACAAGCUUGUGCGGCUGCGGCCAAUCAGAUGCGCCCCUGCCAGCUAUAAUAUAGUGCGAGAGGCGGCCUGUCUCACAAGCUCUCCAGGCUGGCUACCAUUUAAAAUCAGACUCUUUUUGUCUCUUGAUUGCUGCCUCCCGACCCAACUCCGAUGAGUUCCGCUAUCAGCGACCGGCAGCCUGCCCUCGCAGCCCCUGUCUGGGCCGAGAUCUGCGGAGAGUCCACCGCAGCGGCGGCGGGCAAGGUUAUAUAGGAAGAGAAAGAGCCCAGCAGCGCGCGAGGGAGCGAGCGAGCCGGAGCGAGGCAGCCGAGCGCAAGGCAGGGCGCACACGCACACUGCGCGCACCCGCUCGCGCGCAGACAGACCGCGGGGACAGCGUGGAAGUCACUGGGCUCCAUGGGCGAGAUGCUGCUGCCGGCGAGAUGUCUGCUGGUGGUCCUCGUCUCCUCGCUGCUCGUGUGCUCCGGGCUGGCCUGCGGGCCCGGCAGGGGAUUCGGGAAAAGGCGGCACCCCAAAAAGCUGACCCCUUUAGCCUACAAGCAGUUUAUCCCCAACGUGGCCGAGAAGACCCUGGGGGCCAGCGGCAGAUACGAAGGGAAGAUCUCGAGAAACUCUGAGCGAUUUAAGGAACUCACCCCCAAUUACAACCCCGACAUCAUAUUUAAGGAUGAGGAAAACACUGGAGCCGACCGGCUGAUGACUCAGCGGUGUAAGGACAAGUUAAAUGCCCUGGCCAUUUCGGUGAUGAACCAGUGGCCUGGAGUGAAGCUGCGGGUGACCGAGGGCUGGGAUGAGGAUGGACACCACUCAGAGGAGUCCCUGCACUACGAGGGCCGCGCCGUGGACAUCACCACCUCUGACCGUGACCGCAGCAAGUACGGCAUGCUGGCGCGCCUGGCCGUGGAGGCCGGCUUCGACUGGGUCUACUAUGAGUCCAAGGCGCACAUCCACUGCUCAGUGAAAGCAGACCCCCAGCCCGCGCCGGCGCCGGCCGAGGGCGUGCACUGGUACUCGCGGCUGCUUUACCGGAUUGGCACCUGGCUGUUGGACAGCGAGGCCCUGCACCCCCUGGGCAUGGCGGUGGCGUCCAGCUGAAGCCUGGGCCGGGAGGCGCGCAGGCGGGCGCGGGCGCCGCGGCCAGGUGGAGCGAAGACGCACAGAAAAGCGCAGCGAAUGAGACUUCCAUUAUCCUAAAUAAUAAUAAUAAUAAUAAAGUAGGACGGUCCAAAGUAGACUAUAAGGAAACAAAGACCCCGGGGAGUUUUGUUGUUGUGUUUAGUUUAUAUAUAUAUUUUUUGAAUUUUUGGUUAUUUUUUUCUCAUCUCCUGGCUAUUUAUUUGGUAUGAAUAGAUGUUUUAAAUAAUAUGAACCGGACCUUCAAGAGCCUUAACUAGUUUGUGUCUUGGAUAAUUUAUUAUUAUCAUGUGAACUGUAUCGACGGGGGGGGGGAGAGAUUAUUUUGUGCGGCCAAGCGACCUGCUCGGAGUCUAUUUUUCUACAUGUCCCUGGUCCGGGGCGUCGGGGAACAGAUGUGUGCCCCCAGUCCUCCCUGCCGCGCUCCCGCUUCCCCGCCAGUGUAAACUAAAACGCGCUUCAUGGGGGUCCACAAAUUAUAUUUUUAUACACAGAAUUGUAAAUUAGAUUUUUUUGAGAGAUCAAUACUUAACUGAAUGACAUUUCAUUCUUUGAAAUAGUGUAAAAUAUGAAAUAUAUUAUUUUAAUUUAACUAGUUUCCAAUGUUAACAACCGUUUCCUGUACUGUCUCCGUGGUUUAACACUGGCUUUCAUCAUCUUUAUUUGGGCCACGUUCUUGGAUGCCGAGACUGUUACACACUCACACACACACUUUUUUGGGGGGACAAACUGGAAGAACUCUGUUAUUUUUAACUUCAAAGAGUUUAUUAGAAAAUAAUAUUUUUUAAAAGCGCACAUAGUGAUGAGCCCACGAGGAUGGAGCCUGUAGUUUGUACAGAGAAAAAGGAUGUUUUUGCAUUAAUAAAUUGAGACAUAACUGCUGUAAAUUUACUAAAAUGUAUUUUUGAAUAUUUUGUAAUAGUUUUAUAGAAAUAAAACGUGCCACGCACAGACCGGUUAGUACGUAAUAACUCAGAA